AUGGUAAAAGACAUGAUGUUUCGAUUGGCCAAUGGUCAAAAUAUGAUUCUGACUGGGGACUUCAAUAUUAAACCUUGGAAAACGUCGUACCGUGCGAUAUUAGAAAGAGGUUUUAUUCGUGGUCGCCUACCAUUAUCGAGCAUUUAUUCAAUACAUUAUCAUCCAAAUACUGAACAGGUAUUGAAAAGUGCUUAUCUGGAGAAGAAUGGAUCUGAACCCGCGUUUACAGCCUUUUCUUCUACACCAAAUAGUCCUGACUUUUGUGCCACAACUGACUACAUAUUUUUUGCUGGCCAUCUCACUGUCGAUAAAGUAUUACCACUGCCAAGUUAUCCCAACAGUGAAUCUUAUCCUGAUGCAAAACAUCCGUCGGAUCAUCUGAUGAUUGCGGCAACAUUCCGAUUUAAUUAA